AUCGUCGAACUGAUAUAGGCUCGCUAUACGUUCCGAUGCAGCCUGAUCAAUAUCAGUCAUACACUAGUCCGGGAGCGUCAUCCCAUGCGCAUGCUGCCCCGAGCUCAGCCGCGAGGCAUGUAACCCAGCCCCAGCAACCAGCAUCCUUCUAUGGUGCGAGCGUUGCAUCAGCCGUGCAGUCGGCUGCUGGUAAUCAGCCACAGCGAAACCCAUUCUCUGCAAACGAGGCCCCCCAACAAGGUCAGGUAAACACCAAAGAGGCUAGGAGGGUCAGCGGGAUGGACGUUUGGUCCCGAUGAACUAUGGCACCCCAAUUUUUUUUUUGCUGCUCAAUACAUUGUUGUUCUGGAAUCCCUUUCUCAACCUUUAAGCCACUUUUUCAUUCUUGCCAACACCAUUUACAGCCAUCUUUAUGUGUCUCUGCUGCAUUCAAUUUCUGUUUUCUCAUCUGAUGACAGAGCUUAAAUUUAUCUUGAGGCUACGCCAUACGUCCAAGCGAGUACUGUGUAUCUUGUCGCAAAUGUAGUCUCCUGGCAACAAAAGGAUGUGUAUAUAU